CUGUGUUGACUGUUUUGGCUCUUGAGCCGCACCAAGUGAUUGACUAGUCAUUAUCUCUAUUUUGAGGAGGUAUUUUUUAACUGUUUUACCCGUGAUUGUUGGGAUGGAUGCCCACCAAAGCGCUUCGUCGUCCCUGAACAGUUCAGAUGCAAGUCAGCUCCUGAAAGAGUUGCUAAAUGUUGGCAAAUCAACAGGAUCCUCCCUAAGCAGUCUCCAUGGAGCAACAAAGAAUGGAAAUUUCAAUUUGAACAGCUCCCAUGAGGGAUCAGGUGAUGCUUCCAGUGCACAGACACUCACUGAGCUGAUGAAGACUAUGUACAACUCUGUACCCAGACAACAGAUCUUGCUGACAGGAGACGACAAUGUGAACAGUUUCAGUGUGUAUGGAAAGGAGGUGGAUAUCGUAGCUAGUAGUACAAGUAAUGUCAGCCAUUCCUCUGCUGGAAGCAAUAAGGUGAAGAUCGUGCCUGUGGUGAACUAUGACUGGGAACACCGGCGCUACGUGGGCAGCCUAGUGACCACUCACAGAGCCAGUGAAUACGUGGCUUAUGUUCUCAAAGGGAAAAGUGGAGGUAUUGUACGCAUUAUUAACAGUCGCAGUGCGGAGAGGGCGUUACUCAAGGACUUCACAGGGCGCGUGAUUGACAUAGCCUUUGCUCACACAGAUGAAGUGAUGCUAGCAGCCGUGGAUGAAAUAGGCAACCUCUUUGUCUAUGAAAUAGAAGAAAAUGAAGACAGGAAACUUAUAACCACUCUUGUCCUGCAUGUAACAAGACCUGCUGGCACGAAAAUGAGUGAUUUUCACCGUGUGAUCUGGUGCCCGUAUAUCCCCGAAGAUGGAGAUGAUAGCACAACUGAAGGCUCCGUCAGUGAUGUGUCCAAGAUACUCGUUCUUACACAUGAUGAGAAGGCCGAGAUUUGGAGUGUUGACAUAGUUGGACGUGAUAUGGGAAUUGGGCCGAUAGACCCAGAAACUGUGCAGUCUGGAAAAAUUUUUGUGAACAGUCACACUCAGCCCAUCAUGGAUGCAGCUUUCUCUCCAGAUGGGAGUGCACUGGCCACUGCUAGUCUUGAUGGUGAAGUCAAGUUUUUUCAGGUCUACAUGCACGAGGGAACUAACCCAAGAUGUUUACAUCAGUGGAAACCCCAUGAUGGUAAACCCAUGUCAUACUUGGCCUUCUUAGACGACCAUAAAAAUCCCAAUUUGGAGACACAGUUUUGGAAGUAUGCUGUGACAGGAGCAAACAACAAUCAAGAGAUAAAGAUAUGGAGCUGUGAGUCGUGGAACUGUCUACAAACCAUCAGAUUUCUUGAGCCUCCGAAUCUGCCCACAAACUUCCACGUGGAGCCCUCGCUAAAGGCUUGCCUGGACCUUAGUGCUAAAUACCUGGUUCUAACAGAUAUUAAGAGGAAGGUGCUGUAUGUACUACAGUUGUUCCAGGACAAUGAAGCAGGCAUGGCUCAUGUCAGCUCCAUUUCUGAAUUUCUCCUUACACAACCUUGUCUCAGCCUCUCUAUAUAUGGAGCCAGCACCAAGAAAUUUAAGAAGUCCCCUGAUGAUUCUCACAUGGAUGAAAUUACUACAGGGGAGAUUGAGGCAGACAAUGGGGCAGAGGAAGAAGAUGGCCCAGAGACUGAGGAUAAAACAACAGGGGUGCAGAUUAAGAUUUUCUCAGUUCACACAAAGGCAUUACAGAAUCUGGAGGUGCGAUUUAUCCCUCACUCCUCAACCCCACAGCCUCCUCCCCCAUCCAUCAGCUCAGUGUCCCAGGAUGAGACAGGAUUACGAGACCUGCUGUCUGACAUGAGCCUUGACAACAUGACCUCUGACAGUGACGCCUCUAAAGAUAUGUUACAGCCUGUUUUGCUCACACCUGAUGCUUUCACCACUUCACAAUUAAGACGGGAUGCCGGGGAGUCCAGUGUGCAGCAGAGCACGUCUACCUCCAGCAGCUUCACCCAGGUGACAGGCAUGAAUGAGGACUUGUAUUCCGUACAGAGCCUCCUGGAUCAGCAGACCAUCCUGACACCCGACAGCUCGCUCACCAUGACACCCUCCUCAACCAAAGAGUUCUCCCCUGCCACCAGUCAUAACCUCACCCCCUCCUCAGUGCCUCUCCCUCCCAUUUCCUCGUCAGAAGAACGCGACCUGGCCACCCCCCAGAGCUCACGCUCCACCCACUCCACGCAGUCCUUACCUUCAAGGACUGACAUGAGCCCACGAUCAUCCGCACCUCAGCCUCAGGAGCAAACUACUGUGGAUGACUUGUUCAUGGGAGAAGCAGCCAAACACAGUGAGACUAUCGCGAGUGUUGGAGCCUCAACGAGUUCUAGUGUUGACCCUGUUGACCUCGGAGCCUCGUUGACAACGGAGCCCAAGGUGCUUGCUCCUUACGAUGAAAACGAUGAGGAGGUGGCUGGGGUAAUGGCCGAGGUGGAGGAGGUAGAGAUUGAAGAGGAGGAUGAGAGCUCAGAGGAGGAUGAAGGAGGAAUGGAUGUUGAUGUCAAAGAUUCCAAAGAGUCUGAGGAUGGUCAAGGGGAAGACGUGGCAGAGUCAUUAGAGGAGAGCUCUGAGGAGCGUCCACCCUGGCCCAAGCCCCCCACUGUUGGGUCAGAGGCUCAGAGACUGGCAACUGAGGCUAUUGACCAGGGUGCCCUAGAGAUAGAUGAACCACAAGAGGCUGUGGAGGAGCACGAAACCUCAGGAGAGGAGCGUGGAGACCUGUAUCUCCCCACCCCCACAACCAAAGCCAAGGACAGUGAGCUGCGUGCUGCUAGCCCUCUCAUCUGCACAUCGCUGCCACAGGGGAGACAACCAAGGCCAAGUGGCUCAAGGAAAGAAGAAGAAGUUCAGGUUAUUAAGGAAGUCAUUGACAGAGAAGCUUUGAGAGAGCUACAAGAAGGCUUAGCACAAGUAUUAGGGUUACUGAAAGCUCAACAACAAGAGGUGAACAGCCUGCAUCUGGCAGUUCAAGAGCAACAAGACCAACAAACACAGUUCCAGAAACAAGUGCAGGAACAGCAACAACUACAACAAGUUGCCAUGGCAACCUCGGCACCUAAUAUGGACGAACAGCUGGGUAAACUGGAAAAUGUAAUGGGGUCUCGGGUUGAACGUCUUCUCACACAUCAUGCUCAAAGAGAAAACCAGAGGUUGCAGGAAGUAUUACGUCUUCAGCAGAUGCAAGAACACCAGCGCCAGGAGCAGCUCAUGAACUCUGUUAAUCAAACCCUCACAGUUUCCCUGCCUGGCAGGAUUGAAAAGGUUGUACGUCAAGAGAUGAAAAACACUAUAACUCCACAUGUAAGUCGAGUUUUAGAACCCAUGAAGGAUCAGUUUCAUCAGGACGUUGCUCAGAAACUUACAGCAACUGAUGCCUUGUUAAAAGACAGUAUUGGCAAGAUGGUCCGCUCUCGGGCUACUGUAGAAGCCGUAGGAACUGCAGCAGGGAAUGCGAUACAAGCCCCUCUAGCAGCAGCCUACAGAGAAAUCUUUCAUAACACCGUGGUACCUUCAUUUGAACGGGCAACUCAGAUGAUGUAUCAGCAGAUAAACGAAACAUUUCAAAGAGGAUCAAAAGAAUAUUCAGUACAACUGGAAAGUCACCUAGAGAAGUUACGGAAGAAACAUCUAGAAUCAAGAGACCCCAUUAUUCAUCAGCUAAAUGCUUUAGUGGAGACUUUCCAGACGACAGCCAACAAGAUUGAGUCCCAGGUGGUGCAUACUGUACAGACAGAAGUACAAAGUCAACUUGACACGUCCCUUACCAGUUUUAAAGAAAAGCUCUUGUCCCAUGUGCGGGACGUAGUGAAAGAGGAGGUGAACGCGAUCAUGAAGGAGCAGAGUGUUUCACUGAGCGACACAGUUGUCAACGCUGUACGCUCCAGUGCCGCCACGCCAGUCCCUAUGCCUACAGACCCACAACAACAACAGGAAGUCAUUUUGAGUCUUCUCCAACAGGGUCAGCUCAAUGCAGCAUUUCAGAAGGCCCUAUCGGCAUCUAACCUGGAUCUAGUGAUGUUUGUCUGUGACACAGUUAUCCCCUCUCAGGUGUUCAACCAGAGCCCCUGCCCCCUCCAGCAGCCGGUGCUACUCUCCCUAAUACAACAACUCUCGGCAGAACUUGGUCAGAACACAGAGCUCAAACACAAAUACCUGGAGGAAGCUGUGAUGAACCUGGACACCAGUCACCCUGUCACUCAGGAACACAUGCAGGGAGUGCUCUAUGGACUUUGCCAAAAACUCAAACAAUUCAUACAGGCCAAUCCCACGGAGAAGUCGGCCAAAAGUUUGCGCAUGUUACUGAUGGCCUCUCAGUCCCUCCUCAAGCAGUGACCUUGGCCGAAGAAUUUCCCUGGUGCUCUGUCGUGAUGUGUGAUAGCUGGCCAUCCAUCUUGUGAUAGAAAUCUUCAGCAGUCACUCUUACUCCCUCGCUGUACAGUGGUUUUAAUUCUAGGUGUCAAUGAUCUUGAACAUUUCAUUGCUUUUACCAUUUGUGCAGAUAUAGGUAAUUUAAUGUUGACUUAUUAGCCCAUGUUCAUGAAGCUUCUUAAAUUAAGUAUUCUUAACUUCUCUUCUUAAAGUCACAUCACCUAAUUUCUAAAUUAUUACAAGAAAACAGAUUUAUGAAGUUCUGAUCUUUUUCUGUGAUGAUAUAAACAUAAGACAUGAGCCAUUUUUUACCUUGUAUCAAGAAAUAAAGUUCAAUAAUCUACGCACAUUGCCAAACUUGAUACAUGUAACACAUCUUCUCAUGUUAUCAAGCCACACAAGCAGUAAGUUACUUGGUGAGAAUGACUGACAUUAGUUUGGUGUUUUGUGUGCAGAAGAAGAGUGUUAGUUGUUAACAGUUGGCACAGUAAGAUUAUCUAAUGAGUUAGUACUGUCCCAGUCAAGGUUAAAUCCCUUAGCAUGCCUGUGGUAUGAUUAUCGUGUGCCUGUGGAACUGUGAAAGAAGAGGUCAUUAUGGGCCUGUUGUACGAAGAAGUCACAAAUCGAGUAUGGCAUAUUUUCCAUGACAGCACAUAGUGAACUGAUACAUCAUCAUGGUAAAUGCACUGUGCAUAAUGCUGCAACAGCUGUGUCAUACCAGCCCCAAAUCCUCAGAUCAC